AUGUGCAACCCUCCAUUUUAUACUUCGCGCGAGGAGAUGAUUGGCGCUGCGCAAGCUAAAGAGCGGCCUCCAUUCUCCGCAUGUACUGGCGCAGAAGUUGAGAUGGUCACUACCGGUGGUGAGGUGGAAUUCGUGUCGCGAAUGAUCGAUGAAAGCUUGAACCUUCGUGAAAAAGUCCUCUGGUACACCUCCAUGCUUGGAAAACUAAGUAGCGUUUCCGUCCUUGUCGAGAAAUUGAUCGAAUGCGGGAAUCACAACUACGCGGUGACGGAAUUUGUCCAAGGAUCUAAAACGAAGCGGUGGGCAAUAGCAUGGUCAUGGGCCGAUCUGCGUCCAACCGUGGGAGUCGCACGAAACAUUACCCACUUUCCCAAACACCUGCUUCCAUUUCCUUCAGAAUACACAUUUGAGGUCCCCGACGACACCAUCGACGGAGUAAGUCAAAGACUCAACGAUGAGCUCGUGUCUCUCCCUGUUCAGUGGACGUGGCGCAAAAACUUGGGUACCGGCGUUGGCUUUGCAAUGGAGAAUGUGUGGUCUCGUCAAGCUCGUCGGAAAAUGAGACAAGCGGAACAGAUGAUCAUUCCAAUAGAUGAAAGCAAGGCCGCUUUGGGUUUCAAAGUGCAAGUGAAGAAAACCGGGGGUCUUGAAGAGAAAGGCACUACAGUGAUAAUUCGAUGGUUCAAGGGGGAAGAUUCUGUUCUAUUCGAGAGUUUUUGUGGCAUGGUGAAAAGGAAGAUUGAAGGGAGGUAG